ACAGUGUUUGUUUACAUGUGAAUUGCGAGCUGGCCCACGUGAGGCCCGGGUCGACUGGCCCUGUUUCUUCUUAACGGAGAAAAUCCGAGUAACAGUCUCAAACCUUUGACGGAAGUUAGAGUAUAUGGACAGAGAAAACAUAUAGAUAAUAUCAAAUUGAAGAAGAGGAAUUCAGAUUCUUGUGUACAUCAUGGACUCUAAAAGAUCAGUCGAAUUGUCUCUCAGACACCUUAAAGAUCUAGACUUCGGUAAAAUACCCGAGAAACAGAAUGAGGCCAUUACUGCUUUGGCGGCACCUCACGUGGAGUCCUUCAAUUUCUUUCUUGGUGAUGGACUCAGGGCUCUUAUCAACUGUCUUCCUCCACUUGAGUUUAGCCUCCCUAAUAAUCAAAGAAUAUCGCUUAGAAUCAGUGAUGUCAUUAUUGGAAAGCCGAGACUACCAGCUGGAGCAGGAGAGGCGGAUGACCUCAAUAUCUACCCAAAGGAAUGUAUUGAGCGUGCUUGCACAUAUUCCGCCCCUGCCACAUGCAUAAUGGAUUGGAGUCUCAAUGAUGAAGAAAUGAUGUGCAUUAGGCAGCCACUCGGAGAAAUCCCUAUUAUGGUGAUGUCAAAGAAUUGCAACCUGCACAAAAUGACCCCAAAGGAGCUUGUUGCCCACGGAGAGCUGGUCAAUGAGACUGGUGGAUUCUUCAUUGUAAAUGGUGCUUCUAGAAUAUUGAGGCUGUUGUCGGCAAAUCGUAGAAACUACCCAGUCGCAAUGUCCAGAGAAUCUUGGAGGAAAAGAAAUGAUUUCUUUACUGAAAAAGGUGUCCUCAUUAGAUGUGUGCAGGAAGAUGAGACUUCAUCCGUCAACGUGCUUCACUACCUGACCACAGGUGAGGCCAAGCUGGAGUUCACCCUCAAGCGACAGUUCUUCUUCGUCCCUCUCAUAAUGUGCUUGAAAGUGUUCAUGGAUUAUUCCGACCAGCAGAUCUUCACUCACCUUACCAGGGGUCGGGAGAAGGACAUGUAUUACACGGAGAAGAUAAAGAUUAUGAUGCGUGAACUUCAGGCAGAGGGCCUCUUCACACAGAGCAUGUGCAAAGCAUAUGUUGGGAAAUCCUUCCGCCACAAAGUCUCUGACAUCCUGCCAGAAUGGUAUUCCGAUGAGGAGAUCUGUGAAUUUUUAUUUCACCACCACGUCCUCACACACCUCAGGACCCCAGCUGAGAAGUACAACACCCUGUGCUUGAUGGCCAGGAAGCUAUAUGCAUACAUUGCUGGCGAGUGCAAGACGGAGAGCGUGGAUACUGUGAGCAUGCAAGAGGUGACACUGGGAGGACACACAUACCUACAGUACUUCAAGGAAAAGCUCAUGGACACCCUGGUCAGUAUUAAAAUCCAGCUGAUUGUAAAAGCCAGGAAGGAAGGGGAUGACUGGAUCGUUGAAGACAAUGACAUGAAGAAGUUUGGCCGAGUCAAAGCAUUUGGCAGCAAUUUCCAGACCUUGAUCGCCACCGGAACCCUCAACUCCAAGACAGGAUGCGGACUUAUGCAGACCACUGGCCUGACCGUGAUUAUGGAGCACUUGAAUCGGAUGCGUGACUUGUCGCAUUUGCGUGCUAUCCACAGAGGUGCAUACUUCGUGGACAUGAAGACCAUUGAGCCCAGGAGACUGACUGGAGAGGCUUGGGGCUUCAUCUGCCCUGUACACACGCCCGACGGUGCCCCAUGUGGCUUGCUCAACCAUCUGGCAGAGAACUGUGUAGUAGUGACCACGCAACCUGAGAACCCCAAUCAAAUUCGGUUAGUGUUGAACCAACUGGGUAUGACCGCCGUUGACAGCCCACCCCUUGCGCCCUAUUCUGAGUGCCUUGAGGUGGUGCUCGACGGCAGCUUCAUCGGCUACAUCAGGAACGACGAGGCGGACGAGUUUGCACUCAAGCUCAGGACCAUGAAGGCCACAGGAGAGAUCUUCAAAUACACAGAGAUCGUUCUGAUUCCACGGCGGAAGUUUGGGGGCCAGUACGCUGGGCUCUUCCUGGCCACAUCAAUCACCAGAAUGAUGCGACCGGUUAUCAACUUGUCCACCAACACCGUGGAGUACGUGGGGUCCCUGGAGCAGCUGUACCUCAAUGUGGCCGUCUCUCCUGAGGGCAUCGAGGAAGGGGUCCACACGCACUUGGAGGUGUCCAAGACAGCAAUCCUAAGUAACAUCGGCAAGUUGGUUCCCUUCUCAGACUGCAAUCCCAACCCGCGUAACAUGUACCAGUGUCAGAUGGGCAAGCAGACGAUGGGAACGCCAUUCCAUAACUGGAGGACCCAGACUGCCAACAAGAUCUACCGCCUUCAGUACCCGCAGGUUCCUCUGGUUCGGAAUGCCCACUACGACAAGAUCAACAUGGAGGAGUUCUGCAUGGGAUUCAAUGCCGUCGUAGCCAUCAUCUCCUACACGGGCUAUGACAUGGAAGAUGCUAUGGUGCUCAACAAGUGCUCCAUGGAGAGGGGUCUCGCUCACGGACAAAUCUACAAGACGGAAGUUGUUGAUCUCACGCAGCAGCAACAGGGCAAGAGGCAGGCAGUAGAGGUAACCCACAUGUUCAGGAGGAACCCACAGGAACCCGGCCAGAAAGCCUUCCUCGACAAGUAUGGCCUGCCUCACCCCGGGACGCAGCUCACUGAAGGAGACCCUUAUUAUUGCGUGUAUGACCUCAGGCAGCGCAUUUACCGGCUGACAAAAUAUAAGGGCGAAGACUGCGUGGUUGACAAGUACACCAUCAUGGCUGCCACCAUGGCAGGUGAAGAGUGCCAGCGAGCUUGUAUUACCAUAAGAAUUAAGAGAAACCCCAUCAUCGGAGACAAGUUCGCUAGUCGCAGUGGGCAGAAGGGCAUCAUGAGCCGCUUGUACCCCGUGGAGGACCUGCCCUUCUCCGAGCGGGGCAUCAUGCCCGAUAUUAUCUUCAACCCGCACGGAAUUCCCUCUAGGAUGACAGCAGGAAAACUGAUCGAGCUUGUGGCGGGCAAGUCAGCGGCUGAGUUCGGGAAGUCCUUUGACUCGACACCCUUUGAAUUCUCGGAUGAAAACCCGGCAGUUGAUUACUUCGGGAAGAUUUUGGAGAAAGCUGGCUUCAACUAUUAUGGGGAGGAUGUAUUGUACAGUGGAACAGACGGGAGGAUGCUGGACGUGCAGAUCUUCGAGGGCAUCAUCUAUUACCAGAGGCUGAGACACAUGACGGCUGAUAAGUGGCAGGUGCGAGCCACAGGGGCAAUAGACUCGGUAACACGACAGCCAGUCAAGGGGCGCAAGAGGGGAGGUGCCAUCCGGUUCGGGGAGAUGGAGAGGGACUGCCUCAUCUCCCACGGGGCUGUCUACACCCUGAAGGACCGGCUCCUCGACUGCUCGGAUUGCUCCACG